GUAAGACAAAAGACAUCUUACCAAACAUACAAGUGCAGAGACAACUUACAAUUCCUUGAUCAGCAACAUGGCAAAGUACAACAUUUGUGCAAUUUUUGCUAUUUUGUUUAUGGUAAGUGGAGUGAUCAUGACUCUGGAAGGAGCUGUUGAUCCUAUCAAGGAAAAUAAUUGUGAGGGCAAGAUGGAUACAAAUUGUGUUCUUGAGGUUUUCGGUAGUAUAUUCAAGAAUGGAACUGUGACCCAGCAUUGUUGUCAAGAGCUCAUUGCACUAGGUCAAGUUUGUCACUACGCAUAUGUGAAUAGGGCUCUCCAACUGCCUGAAUUCAAGAAUGAAAACUCAUCAAUAAUUUUGGCAAAAGCCAAGCAAUCAUGGGACACAUGUUAUUCAGUUUCACCAACUCCUUCUCCAUGAGAAGGUUAUAUUGGCUUUUCUCAAAUAAACAUUCUAAAAUAAU